UUAUGUAAAUAAUUUAUUAAAUUAUUAUAUAAUUAAUAAUAAUGUUACAGGUUCUUAGUGCGCUAUCCUUUUAUGCCUCUGGAUCUUACCAGCGUUUGGUUGGCAAUGCUAAGUAUUUGGGCCAAACCACUGUAAGCAAAUGUGUCAAAGAAGUGACUGAAGCACUUAUAUCCCCUAGGAUAUUAAACACUUUUAUAAAAUUCCCAAAGUCAAGACUUGAAAGAGAUGCAGUAAAAAACAAAUUUUUUUCCAAGUAUGGCUUUCCUGGUGUGGUAGGAUGUAUUGAUGGCUGCCACUUUUAUAUUUUUACACCAAACAAGGAGAGGGAACAUUUGUUUUACUGCCGAAAACAUUUCCAUUCUCUGAAUGUGCAAAUGAUUUGUGACAGUGACUGCCAGAUAUUAAAUGUAAAUGCCAAAUAUGAAGGAGCCACGCAUGAUGCCUUCAUUUGGGAUAACAGUGGAGCCAAUAGUUACAUGCAGGAGUUACACCGGAACCAUGAACAAGUAUGGUUGUUAGGUAAGUACAUAGACAUUCUACAUAAUUUUAUGAUAAGAUGAAAUCAUUGAGCCGAGCAGGGGGUAAAACUGUAAGCAUUA